CGUCUGGCUCCAACCGCCACGACCCAGCCACAACCACAUCGCGGAAACCUAGUCGAGCAGCUCCUAAAUCUACCAACUCUCUUCUGACCUGUCAUGUCUCUUUGGGUUGAUAAGCACCGACCGCGCAUCCUUGACGACCUGCACUAUCACGCGGGCCUCUCAGCACGACUUCGCGCUCUAGCGGCCUCUGGAGACUUUCCGCACAUGCUUUUCUACGGCCCCUCUGGGGCGGGCAAGAAGACGAGGAUCGCCUGCACACUGCGUGAGCUCUUUGGGAAAGGUGUAGAGAAGCUCAAAAUUGACCAACGAGUCUUCCUGACCCCAUCGAAGCGGAAACUCGACGUGAACAUCGUGCAGAGCAACUUCCAUAUCGAGAUAACACCGAGUGAAGUUGGAAAUUAUGACCGAGUGGUAAUUCAGGAGCUCUUGAAGGAGAUUGCGCAAACUCAGCAAGUAGACAUGAGUGCAAAACAACGAUUCAAAGUGGUCAUCAUCAACGAAGCGGACUCACUAACGCGAGAUGCACAAGCAGCUCUUCGUCGUACGAUGGAGAAGUACAUGUCUAACAUGCGAAUCAUUCUUUGCGCCAACUCAACGUCACGGCUCAUUGCACCCAUCAAGAGUCGGUGCCUCCUUAUGAGAGUCGCAGCACCGGAUGAGGACAAGGUGAUUGAUGUGCUACGAUACGUCGGCAAGAAGGAGGGCUUCGACGUCCCAGACAAGAUCGCGCACGACAUCGCCGAGGACUCAAACGGCAACCUCCGCAAAGCCAUUCUCGUCCUUGAAGCACUCAAGAUGCAAUCUACUGACCUCGACAAGCCACUGACAAUCGCGAAGCCCGACUGGGAGACAUACUGCCAUAAAGUAGCGGACAUGAUCGUCCAAGAACAGUCCCCACAACGCGUGAUGGACGUCCGCGCAAAACUGUACGAACUCCUCAGCCACUGCAUCCCGCCCACGAUUGUCCUCAAGACGAUCGCAGACCGGGUUGUCGACCAGGUGGACGAGAGUCUGAAGGCAGACAUCAUGCACUGGGCCGCAAUAUACGAGAUGCGCAUGCGGGUCGGGAACAAGAAGAUCUUCCAUCUUGAGGCGUGGGUCGUCAAGGUCAUGAGCUUAUACAAGCAUUUCUUCUAUGAUAUAGACAUGUCUGGCUUCGAUGACUGACGAUUUUUUUGUAUUGGGACUGUCCUCGUAUAUCCAUAUGUAGCAUUAGCCGAGCCGUUGCUUUCAGUCCGUUGGCUCGU